CCAAACAUAAUGUUUUGAAAUCAAUUUCAACUAAACAUUGCCUGCCAUUGAAGCAAAUGUGACAAAGCGAAGACUGAAGAGAGACCAAACACGGAAAAAUGCUGCGAUCACGACGGCGGUCACCUUACGGGGCCUAUCUCUGCGCCGUAAUCUCCGCCGUCCUCCUCCUUCUCUCCGUCUCUCUCCUCUACUCCCGCCUCUCUCUCUCCAACUCCAAUCCCCCCUCCAACCCCCGCACUCUCCUCUCCGACUCCAUCUCCGAUGAAGAUUCCGAUCUAUCCACCACCUCCGAUCCCAUCGACGAACUCGACUUCAUCGACCUCGAUCAACAACAACAACAACAACAAACCCAACCUCCUCCCACCAAUCCUUACUUCUUCGAUCCCAUCACCUCUUCCAUUCGCAGAUCCUUCAAAACCCCUCCCAUUUUUACUUCUUCUAUCACCACCGACGAUUUCACCAUUCUCUCACCUCCACAAGAUCCUUCAAAAUUCGCAUUCACCUCCGAUGACAUUCCCCUCGACGACGAAGUUCGACGAAAAGCUACAGUCAUUACAUCAAUUGAAGACGCGCUUCUUCUCAAAUCACCUUCUUUGAGAGAGAUUUGGGGUGAAUGGUUUGAUAAGAAAAGUGUUUUUCUCAGAAAAGAUAAAAUGUUGAAAUCUAGUUUUGAAGCUUUUAAUCCAAUGCUUAAUCCUCUUCUUCAAGAUCCUGAUUCAGUUGGUGUUUCUUCACUCACUAGAGGUGAUAAAGUUCUUCAAAAAUGGUGGAUUAAUGAGUUCAAAAAAGUUUCAUUUUCAGUUCAUAAAAAUACUAAUAACAAUGGAAAUUUAGUAACUGUUGCUAAAGGUGGAACAGAACGUAGAACUUUGAAAUUGAAUGAUAAUGGUGAUAAUCAUAUAUAUGCUGAUGGUAAUAAUUGGGGUUAUUUUCCUGAAUUGCCAUUGCGUUUAUCGUUCAAUGAUUUCAUGGAUGCAUUCUUUAGAAAGGGUAAAUGUGUCAUGAGGGUUUUUAUGGUGUGGAAUUCACCUCCUUGGAUGUUCACUGUUCGAUAUCAGCGUGGUCUCGAGAGUUUGCUGUUUCAUCAUCCUAAUGCUUGUGUUGUGGUUUUCUCUGAAACAAUUGAGCUUGAUUUCUUCAAAGAUAGUUUUGUCAAGGAUGGAUACAAAAUUGCUGUUGUUAUGCCAAAUCUUGACCAGUUGCUGGAGGGUACGCCUGCAAACAUUUUUUCUACUGUUUGGUUUGAAUGGAGAAAGACAAAGUUCUAUUCAACUCAUUACAGUGAGCUUAUUCGUCUUGCAGCUUUGUAUAAAUAUGGUGGGAUCUACCUAGACUCCGAUAUCAUAGUUUUGAAGCCAAUUUCUUUUCUUAAUAAUUCUGUUGGUAUGGAGGAUCAAGCUGCUGGAAGUUCUUUGAAUGGUGCUCUUAUGGCUUUUGGGAGGCACAGUCUGUUCAUAAAGGAGUGCUUGGAAGAGUUUUAUAUGACAUAUGACGAUAACAGUUUGAGAUGGAAUGGUGCUGAUCUAUUGACGAGGGUUGCGCAAAAGUUUGUAGGAGAGGAGAACAAAACUAUUAAACAGUUGGAGUUGAAUAAGGAACCCUCUCAUGUCUUCUACCCCAUCAAUUCUCACGACAUCACAAGAUACUUUGUUGCACCAACAACAGAGAUGGAUAAAGCACAGCAAGAUGUUCUGCUUGAGAAAAUACUGCACGAAUCAUUGACAUUUCAUUUUUGGAACAGCUUGACUUCUGCUCUCGUCCCAGAACCAGAUAGCCUUGUGGCCAAGCUUAUGAAUUAUGCAUGUAUCCGAUGCUUGGAGUUACUGUAAAUACUAAGUUAUCCCAAUGCUGUCUUGAGCUACCAUUCUGUAUCACAUAUGAUAUCAGGAAUGAUAAGUAAUCGGCAGGUUCCUUUCCAUGCCACUGUACAAUUUUGUAUUAUGUUUGUAGUUGAUUACCUAAGUAGACUAAGGCCGGUGGUAUCGAAUGUUCAUAUGUUACAACUAACAAUGUAGAAUGUAUUAGUGGCUCACCACUGCACGGUUCUGACUUCUGAUGGAACUGCAGUGUGUAGCUGAUAGAGCAAGCUGUUUGUAUUACUCCAUUCAAGUAAAUAUAUGUUUGGUCUAAACCUUCGGGAGAUCUUUACCAAAGGCUAAUUGCUCAUGCUUGCCAGCAAUAA